AUGAGCGCAUAUUUUACAUCAUCAAAAGGUGAUCAGAGCUCAUUCAGUUUUGAAGAACCGUCCAGUCGCCAAGGUGGCACGAAGACAGACUCGUCUGCUGGCGGUGAUAGCGAGGCCUCGUUAUCGUCAGCCUCCGCCCUGACGUCAUCAGAAGCAUCAGGUGAUGGGGAGGAGGAUUUAUAUGUCACAUCCAAGAUACACCACUUGUGUAUGAAACAUAACUGGGGCAAUAAUCCGGAACCGACCGACUGCAGCCGAUAUCUCUCCUGCUCAGGCGGAACGGUCGUCGCCAGGAUGCGAUCCUGUCCAUCCGGUUUGCUGUUCCAUCCCGGACUUCAAAUUUGCACAUGGCCGACUGACGUAGAUUGCGGAGAUCGCCCUUAUCCAGGAGUAGCACCUGUUUCUACCACCUUUUCUGGCAGUAGUACUAGAAGAAGUACAACCGUUCCUACAACUAGAAGCACUGGCAUUGAUCCUCUGUGUAUGACACGCAAGUAUGGCAAUAAUCCGGAACCAGACGACUGCAGCCAAUACCUCUCUUGCUCAGGCGGAAUUGUUGUCGCUAGAAAAAGGCCCUGUCCAUCCGGUUUACUUUUCCAUACUGCGCUACAAAUUUGCACAUGGGCAGCUACAGUUAACUGUGGAAAUCGCCCUAAUCCAGGUGCUACUUCUACCACUGCUCAGACUACUAGCACUACUCCUGCAACAACGCAUACCAUAACAACGGUUACUACGACAACCAGGCGUCCCAUGACGACGACAUCACCCUCUCCAGCUAUGACUAGUAGUGUUAUGCCUAUUUCCUCCACUGCUUCUAUUAGCACUCAAAGAAGUACACCGAGCUCUGCAGCAGAAACUACAAGAAGCACUGACCCUCUUUGUAUGACGAGAAAGUCGGGAAACAAUCCGGAACCUAACGACUGCAGCAAAUAUCUGUCUUGCUCUGGCGGAACCGUCGUCGCUAGGAUGCGAUCCUGUCCAUCCGGUUUGCUUUUCCACCCUGCACUACAAAUUUGCACAUGGGCAGCCUCAGUUGAUUGUGGAGAUCGCCCUUUGUCAGCUGCAAGCACUUCUUCUACCACUGCCCAGACUACUAGCACUGCUCCUGCAACAACGCAUACCAUAACAACGGUCACUACGACAACCAGUCGUCCCAUGACGACGACAUCACCCUCUCCAGCUAUGACUAGCAUUACCAUGACAAUGUUCUCCACCUCAGGCACUAAUAGCCAAAGUAGUUUAACACCCUCCUCUAACCCCGGGACAGGCGGCGGUGGGGUGGACCCUCUCUGUGUAAAAGAGGGUGACAACCCGGACCCCAGCAGUUGCAGCCUCUAUCUGUCAUGCGCACACGGCCGGGUUGUUGCUAGGAUGCGGCACUGUCCCACUGGACUCUUGUUUGAUUCUGUACUGCGGAUGUGCAACUGGCCCGCUUACGUAGACUGUGGCCACCGCCCUUUGCCUUGACUGGACCAUGCUACUUAGAAAGAGAAGGUAGAACAUUUAAGAUAUGUCGUUUUGUCUUACGUGGUGUCCGUAGUUAGUAGUAUUUCCUCAUUUAAAUGUUGAAAUAUCUUAGAUACCAGUAUAGGACAAUAUUGAAAAUCGCAGUAUAAAAUAUAUCGUAUCCUUUUAUUUAAUGGUUGUGUAUUGUAGUAUUGAUAUUAUAUCUGUAUUAUUAAAAAGUCACGCCUGUUAGCGAGCGGAGCAGAUAUCAUAUAAAUGAUGUCUCUCUCUUCAUCAAUACAGAAUAAAGGAUUAAUUAAAAAGUAUAUUUAAUCCAAACCUAAAUCAUUGUAAUGUGCUUUGUCAUAGAUAUUUGUGUAUAUAUAAAAUAUGUCAAAAUCUUACCAUAUGCGGCAUCAAGCAUUAAAAGGUUGUGGCAAGGGGUUCUCUUUGAUUAAAUACUACAUGUAUAAGGACGACCUUUAAAAGUUGAGUUUACUUGUAUGCAAGUACGACGAAAACUUCUCAACGGUUGCUCAUUGACUGCCAUUUUAUAUUCAUUUUAUAUUAUAUUCUGUUAAUAUCAUCUGAAGGCCUCUUCACAGAAUACACUUGCAGAACUUGGUUUUAGAAAAAUUAAUAAAUUAUA